GUAUAAAUAGUUUCAAACAGUAAGCUGUUUCUUCCCAGGAAAGCUUUUCAGAGGGGGCCCCUCGCAACUAGGGGAACCAAUUUCUAGGAAGUCUGGGGAGGGAAGUUCACAGGUGCAUGUGCCUGGGCAUAGGGCUGCACAGGGCUCAGUCGGUAGUGGUUUCUGCCUCCAUCCGCAGAUCCGGGGAUGCUCCUCGCCUCGCCUCGCCUCCACUGAAGUACUCAGGGGUCCCAGAAGAGUACAGUGCGGACACCGCGGGCCAUGAGUCCUCCGAGACUACAAUCGUCUCUCUCGCUGCUGCUGCUGCUGCUGGGCGGUUGCCUCCACGCUGCUGCCGGGAGGGACAAGGGGGCAGCUGGCAGCGUGGUGAAAACGUCCUCUGGCUCUAUGGGUGGCUCUUCUGGUCGUUUCAUGAGCCCGGAGCAGCACGUGUGCAGCUGGCAGCUCCUGCUGCCUACCCCAGGGGCCACCGCCCGCAGCGAAUUGGCGCUGCACUGCCUGGGCCAGGACGGGGCGCGCCACCAGUGUGCCUACCGAGGAGAGCCAGAGCGCUGCGCCGCCUACGGGGCUCGCCGCUCCCACUACUGGAAGCAGGUGCUGGGCGGGCUACGUAAGAAACGGCGGCCCUGCCACGACCCUGCGCCGCUCCAGCCCCGCUUGUGCGCUGGCAAGAAGGGCCACGGCGCCGAGCUGCGCCUGGUGCCCGGCGCGUACCUCCCCGCCCGCCCCACCGCCGCGGGCUUCCCCCGGGAACCCAGGCUAAGGGUCAGGAGCCGGGGGCUGCCUCGGCAGCCUGCUCCCGACCCUGCGGCGGCGGCUCCACCUCCCGCGAACUCGCUGCCCAAGGAAAAGCCCUCCGAGAGGAAGACCAGAGCAGGCAAGAGGAAGGGGACCUCGGGCCCCUUGGAGGAGCGACACAAGGGGCCCGGGACCGGCUCCGAAGGGCUGGAGGAGAACGCACAGCUCACGGAGACUUAUUGCGCUGAGAAGUGGCACUCCCUCUGCAACUUCUUUGUGAAUUUCUGGAACGGCUGAGGCUGCCGGUCUGGGGAGGGACGUGGGGACAGGUGUGAGGGAAGAGCACGUCAGCGCGGUUGGGGCAGGGAAGCCAAGAGCAUCUUAGACCAAGGGGUACCAGGAUAGAGUGUGAAGGAGUCCGGAUUCUGCAAUGGGGCAGGGGAGGGCUGGGAGCUUAGGGUGAGAGUGUAGGGGGGUAUGGAGAAUCUCUGAAGCAGCAGAAAGGUUUUUUGUUGUUGUUUUGCUUUUACUUUAGAAAAAUUAAACAAUUUUGAAGCGUCUCGAUUUUGAUUAAAAGCAGAAGAAAUAGUGGAAACAGAAAUAGGUGUACAUUUAAAUAUGCAAAAACUGUAGGCUGGGGAGAGGUACAGAGAUAGGCUGGGAAUAAGAGGCAGAUUAGUGAUUAAAGUGAUGAGACUUCCUCAUGAUGAGAAGCAGGGUACAAUGUACCUUAACAAUUUAUGAAAAAAUGUAACCAUGACCAAUAGAUAAUGUACACCAGGCAGAAUUGUUCAUUGUCUUCUUAUCUAAUAGCUGACGAGAUGACAAAUUUUUUUUUUCCUUUUCUGAAUUGUCACAACCUUUGGUGUAGCUUAGCAUCACAGACCAUUUCUAUGGAGACAGGUCAAAACUGUCUCCACGAAAAGAUUUUCAGGAUGAUUACCUUUUAACCUAAUGUUCUGAAACUUUCCCCAUUAACCUUCAAAAUUCAGAAAUGUAGAAGUUGAAGGCUCUAGAAGGUCUUUUUAAAGAAAACAAAUAAGUCUCUUUAUUUUGAUCAUCCUUUUAAAAACAGUUAAAUUGUGAAGAUCUCAUUUUGACCAUUCUCUCUUUCAUGUAAUUAACUGCUAAUGUAUUUCAGUUUUAAUAUGAUAUAAUGAUUGACUUUGCACUUUUUAGGUGCACAAUAAAAACUGUCUGAUUAGAUUUAAAGAACCAGCAAGGCAAUGGAAAUUCUGCUGCAUUUGACUAUUUCCAAGCACACCUUGAAUUAAGUUCUCAAACACAUCUCGAAUCGAUCUUGUUUAAGAUUACUUCUCAUUUUCCCUCCUUCCCUCUUUCUUCCUAUUUGGAUUAGUUGUCAACAUUUAAAAAUUAGAUAAUUUCAUAUUAAAAUCUAGAUUUCUGGUUGUCUUGAAAAAUGAUCUGGGGGCUGGGGAUGUGGCUCAAGCGGUUCAAUCCUCACCACUACAUACAAACAAAGAUGUGUCCGCCGAAAACUAAAAAAUAAAAUGUUGAAAUUCUCUCUCUCUCUUUAAAAAAAAAAGAAAGAAAAAUGAUCUGGCAACACUGGAUUUACCUUCUCACAGGGGAACUAUUGAUUGACAAUUGGCUCUUUUCAGAUAUAUUUUCUAGAGUUCUCCAUUGUUCCUUCAUCUUAUGAAUCAACUUUAUUAAUUUAUAUUACCAGCCUGAGGUCACUGGACAUUUAAAUCACCCCUCAAUAUGAAGUUUUUACCUUUUGCUGACCUGUUCUUUUCACCCCUCCCCUUUUAAAAUAGUAGUAAAUGUAACAAUUGCAUCCUGAUGUUUUCCCUCUCUGACCUGCCUCCAGGAAAUGUAAAAUAUUUUAUACUUAUUCUAUAUAUUCUUGUAUUCACACAUUUUUAAAAACAUUCAGAUUCAACAUACUUUCAGGCCAAGCUUAUGAGUUCACACUCUUAACAUUGACCUUUAUAUAAAAUUCAUUAUGGCCAAAAAAGGGAAACUUGGGGACCUGGAGACUACUCCCCAAAAAU